GCUGCACUCGCAGGCUGGGCCCUGACAUGGGCCAGGAGGCAGGAGACCUUGGCUGGCGGCUCAGCCUGUUGCUGCUUUCCCUGCUUCUGGUACAAGCUGGCGUCUGGGGGUUCCCGAGGCCGCCCCAGAGCCUGAAGGAGCUGCAUAGAGAGUUCACCAUCAGCCUACAUCUCGCCAGAAAGCUGCUCUCAGAAGUUCGGGGUCAGGCCCACCACUUUGCUGAAUCUCGCCUGCCAGGAGUGAGCCUGGAUCUACUGCCUCUGGGGGAACAGCUCCCCAAUGUCUCCCUGACCUUCCAGGCCUGGCGCCAUCUCUCUGACCCAGAGCGCCUCUGCUUCCUCUCCAUGAGCCUGCAGCCCUUCCAUGAACUGCUGAGAAGUUUGGGGGGCCAGGAGGGCUGGACCAGCUCGGAGAGGAGGCAGCUGUGGGCCACAAGGCUGGAUCUCCGGGAUCUCCAGAGGCAUCUCCAUUUCCAGGUGCUGGCUGCAGGAUUCAGUCUCCCCCAGGAGGAAAUGGAGGAAGAAGAGGAAGAAGAGGAGAAGGGGCUGUCCCUAGGGGCUCUGGGCAGCCCCAUCCAGGUGUCACCCCAAGUGUCCUGGCCCCGGCUACUCUAUACCUACCAGCUACUACGCUCCUUGGAACUUGUCCUGUCCAGAGCUGUUAGGGACUUGCUGCUGCUCUCCAAGGACUGGAGUUUGGGAACAGGACAGCUUCCAACAUAGUCGCCUCAGACCAAGCUGAGCUCGACCACCCUCUCAGUCCCCACCCAGUAACUUAAAGCCCCCUUCAGUUCUUGCCACGUAUUUAUUUCUUGGAUAUUUAUUUAUUGUUUGGGAAGACAAUCAUUUAUUUAUUGCUUCAUCCUCAGGCGGGGCUGCCAUACUGGGUACUUGAAUUAAAAGUGAACAAACCUUG